AUCACUAAAAUUUUAAGAAAAAUAAAAUUUAUCAAUAUAAAAAUUAUAAAAAAUAAAUAAAAAAUAAUUAAAGAUAUAUUUAUCUUCUUAUAAAAAGAUUUGGUUCUUCUUUUUAAAUAUUAUAAAAAAAUUUGGUCCUUCUUAAUAAUUUUAAUAUUAAAAAUCAUUUUUAAUAAUUAAAAUUUCCUAACUGUCCUUUAGAAUAAUUUUCUCUAAUAUAAUGUUAACUAGGAACAAAUUUACAUUGUUGGUAAAAUUAAAGCCAAUAUAUGUCAAUUAAUCACAUGUGGUGUCUAAAUCUAAGAAUAUUGAAUGGUGAUUGACAAAACAUUUGGUAUCAUUUAUAACGAGUAAGAAAUGAUUUAGUUGAAUUAUUAAAAAUUGAAGUUAUUAAAAAUUUUGAAAUUGAAGUUAUUUGAGAAUGCCCUUGUAAUAUUAAAAAAAAAAAGUAAUGCUAGGAACCAAAAAGGUAUUAGCAAAAAAUCAGCCAAAAUAUUUUUGGUGAAUUUAAAAUCUCUACUAGUUAAAAUAUAUGAAUGUUUCUUCUGCUAAGUAUCAGAAUGUUUUUUUUUUCAUACUAAAUGGAUGUUCUUUUAUAUAUUUUUCGAGUUUUUUUGUAUUGCAAAUAUGAAUGCCUCUAUCCCUUUAAAAAUUUCAUAUUUUUUUUUUAAAUUUUAUAGAUAUUUAAUUAUUUUUGCUAAAAUAUAAUUGAAUAUUUCUUUUGUUAAGUAUUAUAAUGUUUUUUUUUUGACAUUAAAUGAAUGUUUUUUUUUAUAUAUUUCUUUUCAAGAAGAUCAAUUAGGCAUGCAUAGUGCUCUAAAGUUAAUUGAAUUUUAUAAUCUGCACUCGCUUGUUUGAAUACCAGUUAAGUCUCAGUUACAAAACCCGCAUGAUUACAAGCAGAUAAUACGGCGAGUAAGAGAUUUUCAAUUUGAGUACAUAGUCAUGGAAUGGACAACCAUGUUUCAGUGAAGAUAAGUUUUUGCGGCUUUAGUAACACAUCUGGUUCACAAAAGGAAAGCGGUUCUUGUCGACGGUGGCGAAUCCAACGAGUCAGAUAUCGGUGAUAGAAGAGGAGUGGGUCGUGGUGGGGAGGCAGAGAGGGCCUGACAAUUAGAGGGAAAGGUCUGUGUGUGUGAUUGUUGGAGCUUCCGCUUUCGCUUUCGCUUUCGAUUUCACCAUUGCUGUGUUCGCCACUUUGCCUCUGCUUCCGCUGUUCUCGCUUUAAGGUAGCUAAACGGUUUCAGGCAAUACUGAUAAUCAUAGAGUGGAGAAUUGUGUUUCGUGAAGUAUCAUCAGUUUCUAUGUUAAGAGAACAAUGUUGUAUGCAACGAGGUAUGCAAUCCCUAAACUCCAUCGCUUUCUUCUGCCAUCAUCGAACUUACUUGCUUUUAUGCCAUAUGCCCACCGUACAAGGCUAUGUCUUCUUCAUUCACAGCCGCUUCUAUCACGAGACGCUUACAAAUUUGAUACUGUUGAAGAUGCUGUAGCUUUAUUUAAUUGCAUGGUUGAUAUGCAUCCGCAGCCAUCGAUUGUGGAAUUAACCAAAAUCUUGGGAACGGUUGUAAAGAUGAAGUAUUAUGCCACGGCUAUUUAUCUUUAUACCCAGAUGGAGUCAAAGGGCAUCCUACCAUUUAGUGUUACUUUGAACAUCUUGAUCAAUUGUUAUGGCCAUGCAGGUCAGAUGGGUUUUGCACUCUCGGUAAUGAGCAAGUUUGUUAAGUGGGGAUUUAAGCCAAGUGCUGUAACUUUUACUACAAUAAUGAAGGGGUUGUGUCUUAAUGGUAAGAUUUCGGAUGCACUCUACCUUUAUAAUAAAAUAGUUGCAAAAGGAUUUUGGUUUGAUGAAGUUAUGUAUGGAACCUUAAUCAAUGGGCUGUGUAAGUCUGGAAAAACAAUAUUUGCUCUCCAGAUGCUUUGGAAAAUGGAGGGUCAGUAUGUUAGGCCGAAUCUUGUAAUGUACAAUAUUGUUGUUGAUGGUUUGUGCAAAGAUGGACUUUUGGAUGAUGCACUGGAUUUGUAUUUUAAUAUGCUUGAUCGAGGAAUUUCCCCUGAUGUUGUCACUUACACUUCAUUAAUUUAUGGUUUUUGUCAUGUGGGCCAAUGGAAAGAAGCUAGAUUAUUGCUGAAUGAGAUUGUUGUUAAAGACAUCAGCCUAGAUGUGUAUACCUUUAAUAUAAUAAUUGAUGCAUUAUGCAAAGAAGAGAUGCUAUUACAAGCCCAUGUUUUGUGCGAUGUGAUGAUUCUAAGGGGUCAGCAACCAAACAUUAUUACUUACACAAUUUUGAUGAAUGGAUAUUGUUUGAACAAUGAAGUUGAUGAGGCAAGAAACUUAUUUGAUAUGGUAAUUGAAAGGGGUGUUGUGCCUGAUGUUUGGAGUUAUAACAUCUUGAUUAAAGGUUAUUGCAAGAUUAACAGAGUGGAUGAGGCCAGGAAUUUGAUGAAAGAUAUGUUUCGUAAGAACAUAGUUCCAAACAUUGUAACUUAUAAUUAUCUAGUUGAUGGCUUGUGCAAAGCUGGUAGAAUCUCGUCUGCACGGGAGAUUGUUAAUGAAAUGCAUUAUUGCGGUCAACCAUUCCCUGAUGUAAACACUUAUAAUAUCCUUUUAGAUUUCCUGUGCAAAAACCAGCAUCUUGAUGAGGCAAUUAAAUUAUUUAAAAGUCUCAUCUUUGAAAGAAGUUUUGUUCCAAAUGUUUGGAGUUACAAUAUCUUGAUUAGUGGUUAUUGCAAGAAUAAAAGAUUAGAUGAAGCCAUGAAUCUUUUCCAAGAUAUGUUCAAGAAUUUGGAUCCAAAUAUUGAAACUUACAAUAUAUUGUUACAUGCGUUAUUCGACAGGCAGCAACUUGGCAAGGCAAUUAUACUAUUAAACCAAAUUGUUAAUGAUGAUAUUUGUCCUAAUUUGUACACAUACAAAAUACUUGUACAUGGUUUAUAGAACUCUGGAAGAGUAAAAGAAUGCACAGAAGAUUUUUCAAUCAUUUUUUCAUCAGAGAAAAUCAUGCAGAUGUCAAAAACAUAAUCGAUCAUCUUUGUAAAGGUGGAUCAUCAGAAUAGGGAAGCCCUUGAUUUUACAAUGGGAAGACAAUUAAAACCUCUCUAGUGCUGUCACUUCUAGAGAAAAGAAAAAGGAUGAGGCACAAACUUUUCUGGAAAUGUUCAUUAGAUGCAUGGCAAGCAAUAAGAUACCUAGGGAUUGGAAAAGUGGCAUAUACUUCUUUCGACCACAGCAUUUUUGUUGAGGAGGCACAAUUGAGUAGUUAGUUCUUUUUUCUUCACUAAACUUGUUCCAUUUCUCAUUGUUUGGUGAUAAUGGCAGUGGUUUGGUUACUUCAAUUUUGUCCGAUAUACCAGGCACAACAAAGUACUCUGAUUCAUCCUUUAUGCUUUCCCUCACAUCAUUGGUGCGAAACUGAGUACACGAGACAGAAUCAGCUUACUCCGGCAAAAGAAAUCCCAGAAUGCUGAAUUUGUUGGCAAUGUGGAUUGUAUAUGGCAAAAACGUAUCAGAAACUAUGGAGCUCGGCAGCAGCACCAACUCUUCGAAAAGCUUCUCCACCAGUUCCCACAAAAAUGCUUGUUGCGUUCAACAAAUUAACGGCAUUGCCAAGUGAAGGUAACAUAUCAAAAUUCUCACACCCUUCUGGCAAACCAGCCUCUUGAUGUGGAAAUUGAUGCUGAAUUAAUCGAAUCUGAUAACCGGAAUCAUUGUAACGAGCAAAGGUUUGUGGUUUAUGUGAUUCUUGCUGCAUUUUGUGGGGUUGUGACUACCAUGACAACAACAUUCUGCUGAAGCAGUAUUUUUUGCAAUGUCCAUCACUGGGAUCAUGUGACCUUGUGCCACUAAAUGGAACACAACGAAAUGGAGCUGUGGUGUUAUGGAAUCCAUUUUUGUUUUGGUUGAUAUCGUAACUGGAUUUAGUCCACUGAAUUUGGGUGGGUUUAAUUCGUUUACUUGUGUGACAUCUAUAACAUUCCUUUCUUGGUAUGUGUAUCUGCUUUGUUGUUCACCACACUUUAUUUAUAUUAUAUAUAAACAAAUUUGCCAGAGAUAAACACAAUCUCUUAAACAUUUUUCAAUUGCUUGUCGAAAUAAGUGGCAGCAGCGAGUUUAUUAUUUGUAUUCCAAUGAGCUGAUUGAGGAAAUUGGACCUAUCAACCUUUUGAUUUGAUGAGGAUUAAGGCAUAUCAGCUGCAAAAAAAAAAAAAAAGAAGCUGAGAUAACACACUUGCAGAACAUCAGUAUACUUCUGCAUA